UGAACAAGCAGUGUGGUUCGGCUGCUGUGUUUGCUGGGAGGGCGCGUCUGCUCGGAGCUUGGCGCCUGCUGCGUGCCAACUCCAGUCUGCCUGGCCGAAGCCUGGCUAAGGCUGCAGCUUGCCUCCUGGCGUCUUUGUCUUGGGCACACCUGAUAGCAGGAACUCGGAGCCGUGGGUCCGGCCCUCUUCUCGCUGGCUGUGACUGUAGGCAAAUCUUCCUGGUGCCUCCCUUUCUCCAUCUGGAGAAGAGGCUGACACUUGCCUGCCUUUGUGUCUAAGACUGAAGCCUCACGGGUGCACUUGGAUACGUCUGGUGCUUUUCUCGGCAGGCCUUGCGCUGCUCUGAACCCCUUCAGCGCUGCCCUGAGCAACACGGCCAGCUUCUGUUGCGUGUCGUUCAGCUUCUCCAUUGUCCUUUCCCCAGGGCAGAACCGUGCUCUGCGAGUAGCGCUUUAUCUUUACCUGUAUGUGCUACUCGAUUCACGGUGGUGAAGGCGGGUGGAAGACGUGCUCCUGGCACCAGAGCAGGAGCUGGGGAGGGCCCUGGUUCAUGUCAGACGCUGGAAGCCGGGGCAGGGACAGAGCCUACCCUCACGCUGCAGCUGUCAUUGUGUUAAGCCUCUGACAUCUAAAUGUCCCAGUGCUCCUGAGAGAGCGACUGCCCUGCCCAGAGUCACCAGGUGCAGUGGAGAUGAGACCCAGGUGUCCUGUCUCCUCGUUCUUGUGUCCCUUGUCCUUGGACCAAUAUAAUAGCCAGGCCUUGCCCAAAAUGGAUCUGCUCAUCCUCCCCGGCUUCAUCUCUUCAAGAAUCAGUUUUGCACGUGCUUAGCCCAUCAUUUCCUUUUGCUGGCAUUGGACCAACUUGCCGUCUCCAGGUUGUGCCAGAGCUGCUUGAAUUCCUGUUGGGGAAGUUGUCUGAUUUGCCUGAUUACUAGAAAGUUAUUUAUAGCUCGGUGUGUCUGUAUGCCAGGAUGGGAGUGACGCAUAGGAGUGACGUGCAUUUUCCUUGGUUGACUUUCUGUUCCAGUUUUACCAGGUUGAAGACAAUGUUCUUGGAAUGGUUGUGGUCUGUAUUCCUGGCAGUGCUUCUCCCUAGUGGGCUGAGUGUCCCCGGUCCCCUGGCAGAGCUCAUCUCAUUGAGCAGGGACCUUCUCAGUGUGCGUGUGCAUGAUUAUUAGCCAAGAAUUGUGAUAUCUGUAUUUUGCAGUCAAGGGCCCUUGCAAGAUUUGGUCUGGUCUUUAAUGAUGCAAUGACUUAAAGCCCCUGGGGUUUGACUUUGACUGUAAAGAAUAGUGGUAAGAGAGCACUUGCUUUCUUUGCAUUUCAGAUACUGCAUUAACAUUGCACAGGGGGCUGUUGAUGUAAGGAGAGAAGGGCAGUUAAAUGCACCCUGGGCGGUGGGCACCAACGUGCAAUGAGUGAGGCUGUGCGAGUUGGCAGCAAAGCCAAGCUUUGACCUUGUAUGUUCCAGAUUUCAGCCUCAUGGCUUUACUGACCCUGACAUCCCCCUUUUCUCAUGUGCUUGCUGUAUGAGAAACUUCUGUGCUCAGUGUUUCAAUCUCCCUUCUAGGAAAUGAACAACCUGGAGGAAGGGGUGGAGUUCCUCCCCACCAUGAAUCCCAAGACAGUGGAGAAGCGUGGCCCAAAACGAUGGGUGGUGGUCACCACUGUGCUCAUUGCCAUCCUUCUCGUCUCCCUCCUGGUUGGCCAGCUGGUUUGGCACUUCAAAUAUCGAAACGUGUCCGUCCAGAAGGUUUACAACGGCCACCUCCGGAUUUUGAACUGGAACUUCCUCGAUGCCUAUGAGGACUCCAGCAGCCCCGAGUUCGCCAUGCUCUCCAAGAAGGUGAAGAGCACGGUUGAGGAGAUCUACAGGAGCAAUGAAAAUAUUGGUCCUUAUCACAAGGAGACACAAAUAACUGCGUUCAGUGAAGGCAGCGUCAUUGCCUAUUACUGGUCGGAGUUCAUGGUUCCAAAAGACAAGGCAGAGGCACUGGAUAGAGCCAUGACUGACAAGCAGAGUCUGAUGCAAAUGUUGACCUUGAAAUCGCGGAAUCCGGUGCUAAAAGUGGAGUCAGUGGUUGCUUUCCCUGCCGAUCCCAGUAUCAUCCAGGCUUCCCGGAAUAAUAGUUGCGGUUUUUCUCUGCAUGCCAAGGAAGGCGAGAUCACCAGCUUUACCACACCAGGCUUCCCCAACAGCCCAUAUCCCAACAACGCUCGCUGCCAGUGGGUCCUGAGGGCUGACGCCGAUUCCAUUAUCAGCCUGACUUUCAAGACAUUUGAUGUGGAGCCCUGCGGUGAAGGCAACGACUACAUCAAGGUCUACAACUCCCUGAGCCCCGUGGAGCCCCAUGCCCUUGUGACGCUGUGUGGCAGCUACCCCCCAUCCUACAACUUAACCUUCCUGUCCUCCAAGAACAUCAUGUUGGUCACGCUGGUCACCAAUGCCGAAGGCAGGCGCCCCGGCUUCAAGGCUGAAUUCUUCCAGCUCCCAAAGAUAAAAAGCUGUGGUGGGACAUUGAAGGAAACCACUGGGACUUUUACCACUCCUUUCUACCCAGCACACUACCCCCCAAACUUGGACUGUACGUGGGACAUUGAGGUGCCUAGUAACAAGAACGUGAAGGUGCGUUUCAACCUGUUCUACGUGCUGGAACCCGGCAUCCCCAUUAACACCUGCACCAAGGAUUAUGUAGAAAUCAGCAAUAUGAAGUACUGUGGAGAGCGCCCCCAGUUUGUGGUGGCAAGUAAUACCAACAGAAUAACAGUCCGGUUCCACUCUGACCAGUCGUACACUGACACUGGCUUCUCGGCAGAGUUCCUGCCCUACGAUUCCAGUGACCCCUGUCCUGGCAGAUUCACCUGCAAGACUGGCCGCUGCAUCGACAAAGCCCUGCGCUGUGAUGGCUGGAUGGACUGCUCAGAUGCCAGUGAUGAGCGCUCCUGCAACUGUACCAAGGAGCAGUUCAGAUGCAGCAACGGGUGGUGCAAGUCGCUCAUGUGGGUCUGUGACGGCGUGAACGACUGUGGAGACAACAGUGAUGAGGAGCAGUGCAAAUGUCCAGAUCAGAACUUGAAGUGCCGCAAUGGGAAAUGCAUCCCUGAAGCCCAGAAGUGCAAUGGCAAGGAUGACUGUGGGGAUGGAAGUGAUGAAAAUGACUGCGUCGGGGCCACGGCUGUCACCUGCAGCGAGCACACCUACAAGUGCCGCAGCAACGUGUGUGUGAGCAAGAAGAACCCGGAGUGCGACGGGACACAGGACUGCGCCGACAACUCGGACGAGGAGAACUGUGACUGCGGGACCCGCUCGUACAGCAAGCAGUCGCGGAUUGUCGGCGGGCUGGACUCGGAGGUGGGCGAGUGGCCGUGGCAGGUCAGCCUGCACGUGGAAGGCCAGGGGCACAUCUGUGGGGCCUCGCUGGUAUCAAACAAGUGGCUGGUGUCAGCAGCGCACUGCUUCCAGGAUGAGAUGCGGAUCAGAUACUCGGACUCCAAGCUGUGGACAGCCUUCCUAGGCCUCCACGACCAGAGCCAGCGGACUAACGAGAACGUCCAAGAGCGGAAGAUCAAGCGCAUCAUAACCCACCCCAGCUUCAACGACUUCACCUACGAUUACGAUGUCGCCGUGCUGGAGCUGCAGAGCCCGGUCACCUUCAGCAAAGUUGUCCGGCCCAUCUGCCUGCCCGACCCCACACAUGACUUUCCCUCUGGCAAGGACCUGUGGGUGACUGGGUGGGGAGCCACCUCUGAAGGGGGUAGCGGUGCCACCAUCUUGCAGAAGGCAGAAAUUCGGAUAAUCAACCAGACCCAGUGCAACAGCCUGCUGGCCAACCAGAUGACGCCACGCAUGAUGUGUGUGGGGAUCCUGACAGGAGGCAUCGACGCCUGCCAGGGAGACUCUGGUGGGCCGCUGGCCAGCACGGAGACCAACAGCAGGAUGUUUCUGGCCGGCGUGGUGAGCUGGGGAGAUGGCUGCGCACGACGGAACAAGCCAGGGGUCUACACACGGGUCACCCAUCUGCGGGACUGGAUCAAGCUGCACAGUGGGGUAUAGGAGCUCCGCAGUGGGGUGCCAGGCUCCGCAUGAGCUCACAGCACCUCUCGAGCUCGACUCUGGGUCUCUUUUGAGCCGGCGAUUGAAGG